AUCACUUAGCACUGUAAUACAUGGGAUCACACUAGUCUGUCGUUUAGUAUUGUCAUUUUAUAUCAGAUUUUGCGUGUUGCUUAUUAAAUGCAAUGGAGGAAAAGUUCGCUAAAUUCGUUUCCCAUAAGAUCAGCAAAACUCGCUGGCGCCCGGUUUCGGCCUCUUCUUUGCAACAGCCAGACGUGUUUGCCACCGGUUCGUGGGAUAAUGAGGAAAAUAAAGUGUCAUUAUGGUCCUCUGGAGAUGUUGGCGCAAUGAAUUUGGAUGAAGAGUAUCAAGGAGAUCCUAAAUUGCUAUGUGAUAUUAGACAUAGUGGCGAUGUGCUCGAUAUGCAGUUUUUAGAUACAGAAAGAAUUGUAACUGCUUCAUCAACUGGAAGUGUAACAAUCUUCCGUCAUCAUCACAACAAUCAGACUUUGUCAGUAAAUCACAGGUGGGAGCGAGCACAUCACCAUAUUGGAUCUGACUCAGCAGGUGCUCCCUGCACCAGUGUCGUUUGUAACAGUCCAGAAAUUGUUUCUGUUGGAGAAGAUGGCCGUAUGAAUGUUUUCAGAGCUGACAGCAAAGAGAUUGUGAGGACAAUAGAUGAUGCAGACAGCAGCACUAUGCACGCAGCGACAUUCCUCCGUACUACUGAGGUGCUAACUGUAAACUCAAUUGGGCAAAUGAAGAUGUGGGAUUUGAGGCAGCAAGGAAACAAUCCCACCCAGAUAUUCUCUAUGACUGGCGAAAGAGUUCCAUUGCACUGCAUAGAUAGGCAUCCUAACCAGCAGCAUAUCGUUGCCACAGGUGGGCAGGAUGGCAUGCUCUGCAUCUGGGACGUCAGGCACGAAAGAGUGCCAUUAUCACUUCUGACUGCUCAUGAGGCAGAAAUGUGGGAAGUGCAUUUCCAUCCCUCAAAUCCAGAUCAUUUAUUUACUUGUUCGGAAGAUGGCUCUCUUUGGCACUGGGAUGCCUCAGCUGAUCUUGCAGAGAAGCCUUCAUUCCUUAGCAUUGGAGGAAAGAACACCUCUCAUAUGUCACGGAGCAUUUUGGGACAGCCAAAUAGUAAUCAAUCCUUGUCAAGCAUCUGGCUUAGCAGUGAUCCCACAAAGGGACGGCUGGAAAUCACCAACAUGCUACCCAGCUCCACACUGUCUGUGAACAGCUUGGACGUGUUGGGGCAGUGCCUAGUUUGUGGAACUGAUGCUGAGGCUAUCUAUGUUACCAAGCGGCUCUUUUCAUAAAGUGGGCAUUUUGUGUUUUUUGUACAAGUAGUCUAUUUUCUGUGCAGUGUUUUGAUCUGUGUGUAAGCACUAUGGUGUCUUACUUUAUAACAUCCUUAUUUUUAUAACCUAUUUAAGAGAAUCCCCUCUGUUUAAAACAAAAAACUCUUAAAGUGAAGGUAAAUUUUCAUGUAAAAGUGCCCGUUUUUUAAAAAAACUAUUAAAAACAGGGGCACUUUCAUUCAUGAAAAUUGACAUUGCACCGUAUUUUAAAAAUACCUUUUUCUUCUGAAAUGCCGGAUCGCGGCUCUGAAACGAUGCCCCGCCUGCUUCUUCCUGGUUGACUUACCCAGCAAUGACGAAACAGACUUCCUCCAAUCAUGGCGUUGCCUCAGGCAAUGAUUCCCCUGGGGGGGGAGCCGUGAUUGGAGGAUGCUGGAAUCAUCAUUUCUGACAUAUGAAGAGGCUUGCGACGGGCUGGUGAAGCAAUGGAGCGGCUUCAAGAAGAAAAGGUAAGUAUAUUUUAAGAAAUCGGUGAAAUGUCAAUUUUCAUGAAUGAAAGUGUCCCUGUUUUUAAUAGUUUUUUUAAAAACCGGGCACUUUCACAUGAAAAUUGACCUUCACUUUAAGUUACCAUAGCUGUCAAAACAAAGUAAAACUCCAAUGUGUAUUCUUGUGUUUUUUUUUUUUGUUUUUUUUUUUUUUAAACAUUGUUGAACAGUUUUGUUUGCAGUUUUUCUUUCAGUGCACAAAUAGGAGCAUGAUGUGCUUUAUUUUAAUAAUUUGAGUUCUAUGGUUAGUAGCUAUAUUAGGGAUUCAAAAAAUGUAUUCUAAUCUGGUUAACAUACUAAGGAAUAGACUGAGUAAAAAUAAAUAAAUUGUAGUUUCCAUGUCUUUGCUUUGUUUAGGCAGCACCUAUAAAGAUCACUCCUCUUAAAGGGACACUUUGUAAUCACAAGAUUUCAUGCUCUCAAAGGUAUAGUCAACACCAGAUAUUUUUUUUUUUUUUAAAAGAUAGAUAAUCCCUUUAUUACCCAUUCCCCAGUUUUGCAUAACCAAUAGUUAUAUUAAUAUACUUUUUACCUCUGUGAUUACCUUGUAUCUAAGCAUCUUCUGACUGCCCUCUGAUCACAUGACUUUAUUUAUUAUUUAUUGACUUUCAUUUUAGCCAAUUAGUGUAAUGACUGCCACAAUCCACGGGUGUGAUCAUAAUGUUAUCUAUAUGGUUUACAUGAACUAGCUCUCGCCUGUUGUGAAAAGCAAAUAUAAAAGCAUGUGAUAAGAGGCGGCCUUCAAGGGCUGAGAAAUUAUCAUGAGCCUUCCUAAGUUUAGCUUUCAACUAAGAAUACUAAGAGAACAAAGCAAUAUUGGUGAUAAAAGUAAAUUGGAAAGUUGUCUAAAGUGACAUGCCCUAUUUAAAACAUGAAAGUGUUUUUUUUUUUUUUGUUUUUUUUUUUUACUUGACUGUCCUCAAUUUAUUUUGAUUCAGACAGACCAUGCCAUUUAAAAAUAAAAAAGUUUCCAAUUUACUUCUAUUACAUUCGCUUUGUUCCCAUGAUAUUCUGUGUUGAAGAGAUACUUAGGUAGGCAUCUGGACCAUUACAUGGCAAGUGCUAGUGCUUUUUAAAUGGAUAACAUUCUUGCAAAACUGCUGCCAUAAGCAAUGGGCUGGCUCCUAAGCAUACACCCCUGCUUAUCAACAAAAGAUACCUAGAAAACAAAGAAAAAUACAAGUAAAUACAUUAUUUAACACCUUCAUGUCAGGCGGCAAUUUCUUAGAUCAGAACGAAGUUCAGAUGUAAACCAAUGCUGAAUAAAUUAAAUCGCACAAUCGUCGAUGCGAUCACGUGAUUUUAAGGCUAAAAUCGAAUCAUGGGGGACUUUAGUUCCUACGAUGCUUGGCAUACAUCCCCCAGUCUGUUGUGUUUUUUUUUUUUUUUUCUUUUUUCUUUCUAUUACCUAAAAGGAGGGGACUGCAGUACUCCAAAUAUAAGGUAGGACGUUCCAUGCUGUCCUAAUGGCAUUAAAGCCCAACACUGUUAGGAUGGCAUGGAUCGUCCUAACAGCGUGAAGGGCUAAAAUCGUGUUCUCUAAGUCGUCAAAGAAAUAAAUUGGGUUUCAUAUCCCUUUUAACAGUG